AUGCCGGGUAAUAAGACUGGGAGGACUGAAGAUGAUCUCGUGUAUGUGGACAGUGAGGAGGGUGCUGUUACCGCUGAGAAUGCGGAGGGGAACGAGGACAAUGAUUCGGGUAGCUGCAGCCCCCCGAAUGCGGACACUUAUCUGUUAUUUACGAAACUAUUGUAUACGCAUGGCCAGCAGCUGGAACUGCCCGGUGGCAGAAUCCACAUUGGAUUCACGAACAAGGGUGCCGAGGAGUUUGUGAUCGAGACCGUGGAGGCCUCUUUCCGCUACCCCAUGGACUUUAACUACUUUAUUCGGAACUUUUUGGCUAUGGCCUACAACCGUAAGGUGAAACCCGGUUUCGAUCGUCCCUUUGGAUUGAACUACCGUGAUGCCAAUGGCAUUAAGUACAAAGAAACUGUUUACAACGAAACUAUUCUGAUUUCUGAGGUUAAUGAAGGACUUGAUGGCGAGACCUUCUUCCUGUAUGUUCUGCUGGCUGGCAUUGUUGUCCUGCUUCUGGUCAUUGGCCAGCAGUAUCAACAACAACAAACAGAGGCAGAAACAACACCAUCUGCAACUUAA